AUUUAUAGAAAUAUACAUAGCAUAUAGAGCCCCAGCCGCCUCCUAAUCUAGUGGCCUCUCUGCAACUUGCAAGCGUGAACAGCGAACCAAUUGAAUCUGUGGGGACGCAGUGAAAAUGAAGCCAUCAUCUAUCUACCUCUCUCUAUCAACCCCUCCUCUGUUUCUCUCCCUGUUAGCUACUAGUAACUUAAAUUAAUGUGUUUAGGAAAAUCUCUAUGUUACUCAAAUUUUGACAAUGCAAUCCAGGUCUUUAGGAGGUUAUAACUUAUAACCCAUUCCUAUAUAUUAAGGAGGAUCGCACUACAGUUGAAAGCACCUUUGAGCUAAAAGUUACCAGUCAUACUAUUGAACAUCGAUAUCAAUGGAGGGGAGAAGAAGAAGAAUCAGCAGUAUGAUGGUUUGGGUUCAUUUGUUUCUCGCUUUGAGUAUGAUGGUUCAUGCAAAAUGUGAGGAGGAGGGAAAUAGUGCAAAUUUAGCCCAACAAAAAAAGAUCACUUCAUCACAUGAUAGUUCUACUGUAGCCAACAAUAAGCUUCCGCAAGGAGAAAAAAGCAUUGGAGAUGAAAAGAGAAACUACAACUUUGGAGGUGGAGGAGGAGGUGGUGGUGGAGGGUGGACCGGUGGCAAUGGUGGUGGAGGAGGUGGUGGCGGCGGCGGCGGCGGCGGAGGCGGAAACGGUGUGGGGAUGGGAGGAAGUGGUGGAUGGGGAUGGGGAGGUGGUGGAGGAGGAUUUUGGAGUUGGGGAUGUGCAAAACCACAGAGAAAACACAAUGGAGGAAAUAUUGGAAGCCAUAAUAAUAACAAUAAUAAUUGGGAGUAUAAGAUGGGGGAAUUUGCACAAUGCAUGGGAAGAGGAAGGUGCAGAGGAAUGAGGUUGGAUUGCCCGCUUCAUUGUGGCGGCCCCUGUUUCUAUGACUGCAAACAUAUGUGCAAAGCUCACUGUCGACGCUGA